AUGGACCUUCGCCAUCGGCGCUGCGGGCUGGUUGCGGCGGCGGGAGCGAUGGCCCUUCUCGCCAACAAAGUAGCGGAUGUGCAAGGCUUUGCCUUCAGCUUGCAGCAGAAGACGGCAGCGUCAACAGCUUCGGCUACCGCUGUUGGGCGCAGCAGGGCUGCUGCUGCCCCCUCGCGGGAAGUUUGCGCAAGGAGCGACGGGAGUACUAGGCCCGUCGCUGCUACGUCGUGGAGCUCGCGCCGCACGCGAACGGCGUUGAGAAUGGCAUCCGAGGAAUCCUCGAGUCCUUCGGGGGGCGGAGCAACAGCGGCGGAGGCGAUCCCUCCAGAAGGCGGAGGAGCCGGGGAAGGGAUCGGGGGCGCGAAGGAGGUGUUGGCAGAGACGGCGCAGUCGGAGAAGCUCAGGCUGACCGCCGAGAAGCUCAAGCUGCAGGCGGAAAAGCUUCGGCUGGAGGUGGAAAAGGAGCAGCUGAUCUUGCAGGCAGAGAAGUUGCAAGACAAGGAGGCGUUGGAAGGGAAGCAAGACGCGCUGAUCGGGAAGCUGCGGGAGCUCAACGGCCGGGACGAGGAGCUAACGGCGUUGGUGAAGAAGGAAAUCAAGAAGGUGAACGCCGACUUGUUCAUGCGGUUGGCGGAUGUGGCGGAGACGACGCUGGAUGUGGAGGAAAGGAACAGUCUGGUGUCGCUAAGCGAGGAUGUCAUGCGGGCGGUGGACAGGGUGGACAAGGCGAAGGCGCUCAAGGUUUCCAAGGGAAUCAAGGAAAUCUUGGACAGGGCGGAGGAGAUCGAGAAGGCCACAAGGGCACGGGCUGCGGCACAAGCGCUAGUCCAGGCCCAAAACGCGUCCUACGGGACGAUCUCCGACAACCUGUCGGCGAACAAGGGGAAGGAGGGGAGUGUGGAGGACAUGCUCGACCUGCAGGCUCUGCCGUCCUCCAAGAUGCAGGACCUCAGAAAUCUCGCGGGGAUGGGCGGCGCGGGAGGAAAAAACAGCACCGCGGAAGGUCUCCCGACGGUGCUGUCGGACGCGAUGAACGUGAUGUUUCUCCCGCUCUGGGUACCCACGUCGCUGCUCAAGUUCGUGGGAUCGGCGCCGGCCCUACUUGAGGCUGACAUCGAGACCGUCAAGUCGGACGUGCUGGGGAUGAAAACGUUCUACGUCACCGGGAUGGAGAAGUCUCCCUUUGCGGCACUCUACAGGGGCAACAUGAGGGGAAAGAGCAGCGAGGAGUGUUCGGAAGGCGUAAAGAAGGAUGGUGCCCCGAAUAGACGUUGGGCAUCGUUUCACCAAGAGGUGUUCGAGGCGGUGACGGCGAAGCUCGAGUCCAUCCCCGGGCUCUCUGACCGCGUGCAGCUCUUCCUCAUGGGAGACCCCACUCCGCUCACGCCCGAACAGGCUGUUCAGAUGGGCGACAAGCCGGUGGACCCUGUGUUGAUGCUGAUCUCCAAGGAGGCCAAGCCGGGGCAGACGUCGAAGGUGAUCAGCAUCAGCGGGACUGCGAUCACCUUCAUGGGCACGGCCUUUACCGCCUUCGCCUACGGCAUCGGAAACUUCGCGCUCCGCCCGGAGUUCUACGAAAAGAUCAACGAGGGUGACGUCGCGGUGGCGGGAAUGGCCCUCCCGAUCAUGAUGGGGGUGCUGACUUUGCAGUUCAUUCACGAGAUCGGUCACCGAGUAAUGGCGGGGAACAAGGACAUCGAGAUGGGACCGCCGAUUUUCAUCCCGUCCCUGCAGACUGGUUUGUUCGGUGCGAUCACGCCUCUGCUGUCCUUCCCGAAGAACCGCAAGGACUAUUUCGACGUGGCAUCGGCGGGGCCCUUGUUGGGGACUUUCGUGUCUUUGGCGGUGUUCGUCGUCGGCAUCAUGAUGACCGGGUCGGCGACUCCUGAGGCGCUGGAGAUGUUCCCGCUCGUGCCGGCGGGUCUGUUCCACAGCUCUCUUCUCGUGGGGAUCAUGACCUCCAUAGGUCUGCCGAACGUCAUGGGGCUGGCGGUCGCCUCGACUGUUCCAAUUCACCCGCUGGCGAUCGUUGGCGUGACGGGGAUAAUCGUGAACGCGCUCAACCUGAUGCCGAUCGGGAGCCUCGACGGGGGCCGCAUCGCCAUGUCCGCCUUCGGGCGGAAGGCCGGGGGUGUGCUCGGGACUGUCACCUUGCUGCUUCAGGCGAUAAGCUCGGUGUUCAACAACUACUCGUUGCAGCUGUUCUGGGGUCUCCUGGUGAUCCUCUUCCAGAGGGGACAAGACUUGCCGGCUAAGGACGAGCUGACCGAGGUGGGAGAGGGGCGAAUCGUCACGACGGGCCUCCUGCUGUUCUUCUCCCUCAUCACCCUCAUACCCUUCCCAGAAGUCACCCAAGUCCUAUAAGACCGUUCUGAACCUCAGAACCAGCGAGAGGAGAAAAUCGGCGUUCGUCGGUGUGGACUUGGGUCGUUCGUGGCUGAUUGUUUUUUGGUGGCCGACCCCUCGAGUUUCACCGUAAUGAUCAUCCCGAAAAAACGACCCGUUCGUCCAUAAAGAAUUUCCGAACGGCGGGAGCCAGGUGUUGCUGCUUUUCCCUCUCGUUGGAUGUACGUUUCCGGAAGCACAUGAAAAAAAAAUUCUCGGACUUCAUUUUUAUUCCCCUGCCUGUGGUACAUGUUUCUUGGCUAAAACGGGGGUGGUAUCAAUCAUUCCGCGAGAAAUGACGACUUCGCUCGGCGCGUUGUAAGUCCGCACGGCGCUUCUUCUUGACCUUGCUGUAGCCCCUGGCUGUUCGUUGUUCGAAUUCGCGCCGUGUUGCUUGUUGGGGUGGGGUUGGGCUUGCGUGACUCGACUGAUAGCCGCUGCGGUGGCGGCGAACGCGGUCGUUGGUCUGUAGUUGACGGGUGCGGGUGGGAGCGCUCCCGGACUUGGUUAUGGUACGGACACACGCAUGGCCCGAUUGAGUGGAGCCUCGCGUCACGCCUCGCCAAGCAUUCUUCUGUGCAGCUUGUCUGUGGUUGUUGAAGUAUUCGUGUUACAGGUCGCCCGCUGCCGCUGUUUUGAAAGACUGUGAUCUUUGUGAGCAACCCCGGACCAGCAGCAAGUUCAUUGACCACGUUAAUCUAGAAGUUGAUGCGGCGCAAGAUUUACAACGUGGGGCGAACAGUAUGAUAGACACGGAAACGGGCAGAGAGGCUACCAGAAAGGAGUGAGGUUUUCGGCGAGAAACAGACGAGCGUCAGUUUGGCUUUCCUCGGUAUAUUUACUGUUCAUUUCAAGGCAGCCGGGCCUGGCCUACGUCUCUAGUAAAAUAGAACCCGGGCGGGAGGUGGGAGACGCAAGGGACGGAGAUGGCCAGACUAAGAAAGAGCCCAGAUGUGCGGCGGAAUUGAAGUAGAUGGUCUCAGUUGCGUUGGCUGGCGGAAAAGGUGGAUGUUGGUGCACGAGUGCGCGUUCCGUACGUGCUUUACCCACACACCAAUCGGCAUUUCCGCCCGGAGGACGUCGAUUCCAGUGAGAGGAACGGUCAGACUUUCUCGGC